AUGUUAGAACCGUUUGCUUAUUUCUAUAAUACCACGGUUCAUAAAACUACAAAUCAAAUGCCAUAUUAUUUACACCAUUUGAGAUACCCGCAUAAAGGAUUGGAAAGAUUUGCUAAAUCCGGAAAUCAAGGUAGAGUGGAUUUGGAUUUACCAGCCAAAGCCCUAAAAUCAUAUGCAGAAAAAUGUUAUCAGGAAGCCACACAAUCAAUAAUUAAAGCCAGUGAAGGAAAAGGUGUGGGAGAAGAUGACAUAAAGUUUAAAUGUGGAGACCUUGUGUUAACCUUGAAUAAAACAAAGACAGGAAAAUUCGAAAAUAAUUAUUUAGGACCUUUCUACUUGAAGAAGCUUAUAAGAAGAAAUGCGUAUUUAGCGAAAUACGAUAUGGAGAGGAAAACUUAA